ACCUUCAUUUCCGUUUCAACAGAUCAACAAAGCUUGGAAAGAAAAUCAUUCUUAAUUUUAUUAAGUUGAAAUAAUUUGAUGUAUUAAUAAGUCAAAGUGUUUUACGUCAUAAUAAUUAAAAUAUGUUGAUGCUGCUACAUACUGGCGAUUUUUUUAAAAAUCUUUUGGCACAAUGCUCUCAAUGGAACCGCCACCACAUCAGGGCAUUUAUGCACCAUUGAGUCAGAUAAUGACCGAUUCCGAGUCCGAGGAAGAAAUUCAUAAUUUAAUAAAAUACCAAAAAUUCCAUCAUUAUUAUCACUAUUAUCCUCAACAACUACAACAGCAGCAACAACAGCAACAGUCACACGAACAACAGCAACAAAACCAGCAGCAAGUUAAUAAUAGUGAACAAAAUCAAUGGUUACAAGGCUCGAAUAUACAUGGAAGAAACCGGCCUAAUCCACCUAAUACUCUGAAUUUGCAAAUCAGCAAAGUAGAAAACCAGCGAAACCUAGAAGUCGAGCAUAACAGUAAUUUCGAAAAGUUACACCAAAUUGAAGCCAUCUUAGUUAACGGUUCCAAUAAGCAGAACACCGUUCAUUACAACACAAUGCAAAAUACAUAUCUACGUUCGGUUAUGAUGUCUGAUAUGGGUGCAAAUGAGAGUGUUGGUACUUGUGAUGCUGGUAGUACAUUCUCCAGUUUUAACAGCGAAUAUGAUGAACGUAAUCACACCGACGCGGAUAAUGUUGCCAUUUUAGGCGGUGGCAGCGAACUAACAAAAGAAAACGUACACGAACCUAUGUCGGCUGCCAGGCGUUCCUGUUUUGUAGCUUCACUAAUGUUAUGUUUCUUUACCGUUAUCAUUUUUGUAUGGGUUAUACCGUGCAAUGAAGAUGGAACAUGUCCGGCUCCGAUUGAUCGCUUAAAAGCACACAAUUGGCUAAAUAAUUACACAAAAAUCGAGCUAAAAGGUGGUAUUCAUAUAGUCAACGGACUUCGCAGCUGGGAAACUAAUUUGAUAUUUUUGUACCGUGGUGACGCCUUCUUUCCCGAAUUUCGGCCUGACAAUGCUAAACGCAAUGGUGUAAUUUCUCUAAUUAGCAGCAGCGGUGCGGUAGCUUGGUUUGAUGAGAUGACUGAUGAGCCCGUAGCGAUGGAUUGUACGCUAAUUGAUGUGGAUCGUAACGGACGGCCAGAUUGCUUAAUUAUCGAUGAGUAUGGAGAGUUGGGCACAAUUAAUCCAAUAUCUGGGCAGUGGCAUUGGCGGUUUAAAGAGCGUUCUGCUUGCAAGGUGGACUCUUCAGAUUUUCCUGUUAUAUUACCAGACUUGGAUAAUGACGGGGUCAUGGAAAUACUGGUAGUAACCAGUGUAUCACUGGAGCAACGUACUAAGCAUUACAUGCGUCAAGGUGAUAUCCCCAGUCAUACUACGCAGUUGGAACAACGCAAUUGCCUGCGUAUACUUUCGGGCCGUAAUGGCCGGCCAAUUGGGGAAGGUUUUAAGAUACACGAAUGCGAUACCAUACGCAGAUUGCAAUUAGAAAGUCCAAAAGCUGUGACAUUCACUUGCAUACGUAAUAAUACGGAAGCGCAACGCCUAAAAACUUUAACAGAAUUAUUUGCUCUAAUCACAAAUAAAUCAUUGAUGGGUCAAAAAUUAAAAUCCGCUGCAAAAAUAUCUCAACAUCGACAUUACGGUCAACGUAAAGGUGUUGAAUCUCAGCGAGACGUUUAUUCACUUAGCGGACGCGAAUUGGUAGUGGAGAAUAGUGGAACGUGUCCUGACGACUGCAAUGUUACGGUUAUCCUUAGUGAAAAUCGCAAUGGGAAAGUAAAAGUAUUACAUAGUUUUACUAAUAGUGCCAUGUACGGUAUGGCUCCAGUUCAGUGGCAUUUUAAAAAUAUAAAACCAAAUAUGUCUGGAUUCGUUAUGAAAUUCUGGAAAUGGACCGGUGAUAGCGGACACUCGCAUAAUAUUCAAUCAACGUUAAUGGAAGGUAAAAAGAUUCGUGGCAACGAUUCAUUUCAAAAGAGCAGCUACGCGAAAGCAAAGAGCAUUCCAAAUUGGACGAAAAAUAAUACCAAACCACACAAACACAAUCGAAUUGAGGGCAAUAAUUCUUACGGAGGAUUCAAAAGUCAGCAGAACAAACGUAAACGUCGUCAUGCUAAUGCAUUUGAUUCCUCGAUAAAUGAAUUCGAUAUGUUUCAUCACGUUGUACAUAAGUGCAACUCUUAUGAUAUUCGCUUGAAUCCGGUACGCUUGAAGCGCAGUCACGCUUCAAAUAAUGUAACAAAUAAAAAAUCUUUGCUUAUGGAUAAUUAUCAAAUGCAAAUUAUAACCGAGUCAGUUAUUCUAAUGCUGUUUAUAGGCACGGAAACACGUACCGAAAACACCUCGCAAAGUAAUAUCGUACAAUUUUGUCGCAGCGAUCGCGCUGAAGUGGUCUGUCAACCUGAUUUAAACAAUCAAGAGAAUUCAAUGCUUAUCGCUGACUUGGAUCAAGAUGGCUCAGAGGAGUUGGUAUCAUACACGUCAACAUUUGUACAGUCUGCGGAUCCGCAAGAUUGGCGGUUGCUUACUUAUGUACGUUUGUUGCGUUUGCAAUCGGAGUUGCCGUCAUUCUAUGCGGACGAAAUCAAAAGUAAUCAAAAGUAAUACAAAGUACAUACAAGCAGAUCCAUUAUUGGAUACUUAACAGACUUACGAACAUUUACAAUAUAUUCAAAAGCAUACAUACACCAUACUCACCCAUUAA